CACCUCACCCCCCCAAAAAAAAAAAAAUGGAAAAGGCCCUAAGAGUUCGACUUAAACUUCUCUAAUAGUUGGUAAACUCUGUUUUGAACGAAUUACCAGAGAAUUGUGCUACGACAAAUUGUAAUAAUCAGAGUUGGUAAAAUUCAGCGAAUUAGCAAAAGAAACUGCUCGUCACCUUCAUUGACAACAGCUGCUCAGCUUUGAGGUUCUUCUCAUCACGAUUAUGGCACCUAAUAAGCAAUGGAUGGAACUUAUUCAUGAUCGACUUGAUAACGCUUACAUACUUGGGGUGGAGACCUUUAUGGAUUUUGCUUUUAAAAGAUUAGGGGGAACACGCGAAAUACGUUGUCCAUGCGUCAAAUGUUGUAAUGAAAUUUCAGAAACACGUGAGAUGGUUAGGUCACAUUUAAUAGUAUACGGAAUGAUCCAAAAUUAUACCCUUUGGUAUCACCAUGGGGAGAGAUUAGGUGAGUCUUCUUCAGAUUAUGAAUUUGUAGAUGAUAAGAUCAAUGAAGAGGGUGAUGGUGAGGAUGAAAUACAUGAAAUUUUAAGAGAUUUAUAUCCCACUUUUGAAGGAGACAAUAUGAACAAUGACGGUGAUGUGCAGUUUGAGGAGGAACAAAAUAUUGAAGCAAAAAGAUUCUAUAGGAUCUUAAAAGAUUUUGAGCAACCAUUGUACCAAGAUUCAAAAGUUUCUAAACUUUCUACUUUGGUUAAGUUGCUUCAUAUCAAAAGUAUUGGUAAUUGGAGUAACACGUCAUUUACAAUGUUGUUGAAACUCUUGAAGGAAGAUUUAUUGCCGGAUGGAUCAAACUUGCCAGAUUCAUAUUAUGAAGCAAAGAAGGUAAUUCGACACCUAGGGCUUUCUUACAAGAAGAUUGAUGCAUGUAAAAAUGAUUGCAUGUUAUACUGGAAUGAUGAUAAGUCUCUUUAGUCUUGCAAAGUUUGUGGUGCAUCUAGAUGGAAGAAGGAUAAACAUAACGGGGAAACCAAAUUUAAAAGUGGAAAAAAGAUACCAUACAAGAUUUUACGUUAUUUUCCUCUAAAUCCAAGACUUCAAAGAUUAUUUAUGUCCUCGAAAAUAUCUACUCUGAUGAGAUGGCACCAUGACAAACGAGUUGAUGAUGGAAUAAUGAGGCACCCAGCUGAUUCAAUAGCGUGGAAAACAUUUGAUGAACUUCAUCAAUCUUUUGCAUCUGAGCCUCGUAAUGUCCGACUUGGACUUUCUAGCGAUGGUUUUCAACCAUUUGAAAAUUCCAAAACUCCAUGUAGCACUUGGCUUGUGGUACUUAUUCCUUAUAAUUUACCACCUUGGCUAUGCAUGAAGAAAGAAAAUUUUAUUUUGUCGAUGAUUAUUCCUGGUCCUGAGAGUCUUGGAGAUGCUAUUGGUUUCUAUCUCAAGCCUUUGAUAGAGGAAUUAAAGGAAUUGUGGGAAUCUAGAGUGGAGACCUUUGAUGCGUCAACUAAACAAAAUUUCGUGUUACAUGCAUCUUUAUUAUGGACCAUUAAUGACUUUGAUCAGUCUUUUCACAAUUGUAGCAUCCAUCAUUAGCCUGCUUCUCUGGAGCUCUUGCCUUGUUGUAGCUUCCACUUCUUAAAGAACUCUUUCCUCUCCUUAGGUACUUCUUGAAGUCUUUGGUAAUCAUUGCCAUUUCAUCAUUUUCCAAGUCAGAAAAUUUAGUAGUUCUGAGUGUCAGACUC